AUGAUGCGACAGCGACGUGAAAAGCAAAAUAAUAAUAAAUCUGUUAAUUGCACUACUCAGUCAGGCCUUCAUCUAACAAAAGUCUACAUUAAUGAUAUUACAGUAAAUGCAUUAAUCGAUACCGGUGCCACUUGUUCUAUAAUGAAAGAGUCCAUCGCAUUUCGGUUGGGCUGUCACAUUGCGCCUUGGUCGAUUAAAUUGAAUGGUAUCGGCUCUGGUCGCUUGAAUACUUACGGUAAAAUUACGGUACCAGUUCGUUUUGAUGAUGUAUGUAUUGAAUUAGAAUUACAUGUGGUCACUGAUGAUAACUUUGCCUAUGAUUGUUUAAUUGGACAAGAUGCUGUCAACUAUGCUGAUAUUGCCAUUGUGACUGACAUAUCUGGCACAAAAAUUAUACGAAAGAAUGUAGUAAAUUACGCUGAUUAUAAUGAAGAAAAUUUACUUUUAGAACGCAUUCAAAAUUUAGAUACGGAUUUAAGAAGAAAAAUUAAAAAUAUUUUUGAUAAAUAUCCAAAAGUAUUGCCUUCUGAUGAGUAUAUUGGUAAUGUUAAUACUGGUACAUUAGAGAUUAAACUUAAGGUUGAUAAGAAUAUUAAUUAUCGUCCUUACCGUUUGGCUCCUGUAGAACGUGAAAAGGUAAAAGUUAUUGUGAAUGACCUUUUGCGAGCGUGA